CAGACGUCGCCGAAGUUGUGUCUGCAGGACUCCCAAGGAGCCGCAAAAUCAGAGCCUUUCGGUUUCCUGGAGGGUUUUCUCUCCGUGAACGGCUUUGGGGGAAGGGGAAUCAAGGCUCUGGACUCAGAACUGUCCGUCAGGGACUGAGGGAGAGGCCACAGAUAAUGGGAGUUCGGGCCAGACUGCGAGGAGAGGGAGAUUCGGGGCUCCGGGAGGGGAGCGGGACUAGCAGAGAGCGGCCUCGACGGAGUGGUGUGACGUGACGUGGAAGACGCGCGGGGACUCAGAGGCGCCCAGAAAAGUGAGGCCGACCCAGCCCUGCCCCGGGGCCCAGGAGGGCGGGGGCGCAGAGGGCCCGUCCCAAAGUCGCCAAACGUGAGCCGGGCGGGCGGAAGGGCGGGCGAUCGCAGGCGGACUCCGUGGCCGGGACACGCGGGGGCAGACGCUUCGUCCUCGGCGUCCCAGGAGGGGCAGCCAGAGCAGAGCGUCCCGGGACGCAGAGACGUAAGAACGGUCCUCGGAGAAAAAGAACCGCAGGCCUCCGAGGAGACGGCGUCCUCGGGAGCCGCGCCGCCCAGCCGAGGGGCGGGCCCGCCGGUGUCCGCUCGGAAACCUGCGGCCGACGCUCCCCAGUCCCCCAAGCCUCGGGCCUCAGCAGCCCGCCCGGGCCUAUCCGGAAACAGCCGAGCGGAUCCGGAAACUGCCGACAGGACCCGGAAGCGGUGAGAGCCGUCACCAGGGAGUGCAGGAAUCCGCCGUUUGCGCAGAAGUGAUGGCUGCAACUGCGCCCGCGGCCGCAGGCGAGGACGGGCGGCUGAGACGACCCGGGAAUUGAAGAAGUGAUGGGAAGAGAGACAGACUCCCGUUCCCGCAGCGCUGGACUGCCACCCCCAGGAGGGGGCAAAGGUGGAGGCCGAGUCAGGUGAGCUGGGCCGGCUGCGGGCUGAGCUGGCAGGCGCCCUGGCAGAAAUGGAGACCAUGAAGGCUGUGGCGGAGGUGAGCGAGAGCACGAAGGCCGAGGCUGUGGCUGCAGUGCAGCGGCAGUGCCAAGAGGAGGUGGCCUCACUGCAGGCCAUCCUAAAAGACUCCAUCAGCAGCUAUGAGGCCCAGCUCUCAGCCCUGAAGCAGGAGCGGCAGCAGCAGCAGCAGGACUGUGAGGAGAAGCAGUGGGAGCUGAGCCGCCUGCAGCAGCUGCUGGCCCGGGCCCACCCCCGGGACUCCCUGGAGAAGGAGAUGGAAAAGGCCCACGAGGAUGCGGAGAAGCUGCGGGAGAUUGUGGUGCCCAUGGAGCAGGAGAUCACAGAGCUCAAGGCCAAGCUGCUGAGGGCGGAGGCGCUGAUCCUGGAGACCCAGGGACGGCCCACGCUGGGCUCCUCAGAGUUGCUGCCGCCGGCCUGGAACCCAUCUCCCCCACUGGAGCCCCUGGAGGAGCCAAGCGGGGGCCCUGCGGCCGAGGCCUUUGCCCACAACUGUGACGACAGCGCCUCCAUCUCCUCCUUCUCCCUGGGUGGCUGUGCGGGCAGCAGUGCCUCCCUGCCCCGCGGCCGUCGGGGCCUGAGCCCUGAGCAGGAAGAGACGGCCUCCCUGGUGUCCACUGGGACCCUAGUCCCUGAGGGCAUCUACCUGCCACCUCCCGGGUACCAGCUGAUCCCGGACACCCAGUGGGACCAGCUGCAGGUGGAGGGCCGGCAGCUGCGGAGGGACCUGGACAGCGUCAGCCAGGAGCGGGAUGAGCUGCAGGAGGGCCUGCGGCGGAGCAACGAGGACUGUGCCAAGCAGAUGCAGGUGCUGCUGGCCCAGGUCCAGAACUCAGAGCAGCUGCUUCGGACACUGCAGAGCACCGUGAGCCAGGCCCAGGAGCAUGUGCAGCUCCAGAUGGCAGAGCUUUCUACCUCCCACAAGUGCCUGCACCAUGAGGUGAAGCGGCUGACUGAGGAAAACCAAGGGCUCCGAGCUGAGCAGCCGCUGGCAGUCCCGGCAGUCCCGCAGGGCCAGGAGCAGCAGGCGGGCGAGGAGGAGGCGGCGCUGCCUGGCUCGGUGCAGGAGCUGCAGCAGCUGGUGCGCCACACGCGGCAGGAGGCACACGCCCGACAGCAGGCCUGGGAGCACGAGGCCGAGCGCCUGCGCAUCGAGAUUGUGACCCUGCGGGAGGCACUGGAGGAGGAGACUGCGGCCAGAGCCAGCCUGGAGGGGCAGCUUCGAGCACAGCGGGAGGAGACAGAGGUGCUAGAGGCCUCCCUCUGCAGCCUGAGGACGGAGAUGGAGCGGAUCCAGCAGGAACAGAGCAAGGACCAGCUCACGGAUCUCCUGGCCGAGCAGAGGGCCAAGGUGCUUCGGCUGCAGGCCGAGCUGGAGAUCAGCGAGCAGGUGCAAAGGGAUUUUGUCCGGCUGUCCCAAGCCCUGCAGGUGCGCCUGGAGCGGGUCCGCCAGGCAGAGACCCUGGAGCAAGUGCGAAGCUUCGUGGAUGAGGCGCCCCUGAGGGACAUCAGGGACAUCAAGGACACCUGAGGGGUCUGGCGAGGAGCCCACCCCUCCCAUCCCCUGGGCAGCGCUGCCGUUCUGCACUGCAGAGCCAGGAGACGAGGUCCUAGGAUGGCAUCCUCAUCCUCCAAGCCGUUUGAGGGGCCAGGGCCACCACUGCCCGGCCUCCUCCCGGGUGGCUGGGGCUCCUGCUCUCAGGGACAACACCUGGGUGAGGGUCCCAGCCCCCUAGAACCAAAGGUGCAGGUUGACCUGUGGCUCUCUAGCUGCUGCUGCCCCAGCCCAGCCCCCUUGCCCCAGCAGCAGCAGCUGCUGCACUGGCGUCCCCAGGCACCCUGAGCUCGCGGUGGUGGCUGGAAGCUGCAGUGAACAUCUGCAGGUCCCUGAGCGCCCCGAGACAGCAGCUGCUCUCCACACUGCCUGACACUGAGACACGCGGCAGCGAGGCCAGCCUUCUCCGUCGUUUAUUUUCAAUAAAUACGCAGCUCGGCUCA